AUGGGUCUUGUGAGGGGGCCGCUGGGAGGUGACGCAAACGCGAGACCUUUCCCAGUGGCCCUUGAAGGACUCGACGCCAUAGUCAAUGAGAAGACUGGGCUGCAGCUUGUCGAUUUUGCAAACGCAGCGCAAGCUUUUGCAUUCCCAGCAGCUUCCAUUUCACCGCCCACGGUUGCAUCAGCACCAAUGCCACUGCCGGUGCCCGUCAUGUCUGUGUUCUCGAGCUCUUUGCCUGCAGCAAUUCCGUGUCCACAAGGGCUCUCUGUACCCGUCUCUCCGCUGCUUACUUUGGAGCCGACACCUUCAAAUGUCACAGUGGCGAAUGGACUUUGCCAGACUGCUGCAGGCGCCUACCCGCUUUCGCCUGCCCCAUUCACCUCUCCAGUUGCCUGUUCAACGGCACCCCUUUCCAGUGGCAAGGCUCAGGCCCUGUGCGGGUUCAUGUCGACUGGACAGUUGCAGAGGGUGCAGCCAGUUCUACAUGCUCCUACACCAGUGAUUCGGCCGACUCACCCUGUAGCUGUUGCUGACUUCUCGCUAUCACACCCCACCCCUGACAUCUCCCCAAGAGCCUUGCCAAUGUUGCCAGCAGAUGCGCAAACUCCAGAGGACCUUGAGCAGCGACUCCCAAAAUGGGAGGGGCCCUCGAGCUUGGGCUUGCCUUUGCGAGUAAGAUUGGGAGCUCGCUCCCGCCCUGCACCGCAUUCACGACGCCUGCUUCGGCGUCCACGCCGCUUUCGAUCUGUGGUGGGUUGGCAUGAUACUUUACCAGCAGACUUCACACCCCUUCCGGGUGAGGUGAAUGCUGAGAAGCGUUUGCAGGCCCACUUUGGAGGGAAGCCUUUGUCUCCUGUUCGGACGUUGAGGACUGCUCCCGAGGUUCUUGUCUGGCACUGCAGACAUCCGCAUGGUCUCUUUUCGAUGUUUUCGUUGGCGCUCGGUCAUAUGCAGACGUGUGAGCAGCAGGGCACAACAUUGCUUGUGGAUUGGUCUUCUGAAGAGUUGCUCUACAGAGGUCCGCCGGGUGAACCGAAUGUGUGGAACGCAUUCUUCUGCCAGCCCGCUGAAUUGAAGAUGUCGCCGGAGGCCCUCCAGGAUGCACUCCGCAGUGGGCGGUACAGAGAAACUAGCAGCCACAGGGUGGUCUAUGGACGGUACAAAGGAGUCAUCCAGGACUACGGAGGCAUCCCUCUGCAUCAGGCAGCUCAAGGCCGUGCGCUCUGCAGGCAGAACAUUGUGUUGCGACAGAGGUUCCAGCAGAAGCUUCAGGAAACUAUAGAUGUACUGCCAGGAGGACGUCGUCUGGCGGUGCACAUCCGCCGCAGCGACAAGGCAUGCGAAGCGGCGGCCAACUUUGAGCUUUCGGACGAAAACCUCCAAGAUCGUAUCAUUCAACAGUGUGCAGUUUGGCACAUGGAUUGUGUGCUGCUUUGCACAGACGACGCAUCAUUGAAGCAGCGCCUGACGUAUGCCCUCGAGCAAACAGGCCUGUCUGUCUCUACAUACAGCUCAACCUUGCCAGCAGAUGGAAGCAAGGCUGUCCACUUCGACAAAUCUGUGGACGCUUACAAGAAAGCAGAGGAUGUUGUGAUGGAGGCAUUUUUGAUGGCGAAGGGUUGCCACGGAUUGCUUUCGACGUAUUCAAACGUUUCAGCUUCUGUUGUUUACCUCAGCCACGACAAAUACCCGUACACCACGUUUUGGGAUAAGUUACAGGCCGUGGGAGACGCAG